AUGGCUGCCACAACAACCGUCGUCCCAGGUCCUGCUGCGAAGGAAAACUUCAAGUUGAACCUUCCUCACCUUCGAUUCCCCUCGUACCCCCUCGACGGGGGAUUCGUCGUUCGCGUCACCCAUUCCGCCGACGAUCUGAAGUCACCACACGUUCUCCUUGAGCUCCAAUCCAAACGCCUCAAGGCGAAGUGGCAAGGGACCUUUAGUUCCCCCAAGGCUUACUUGCCUCAAGGCGUAGAACUGCCCCAGGAUCUCGUCUUAUCGAAUCUGAAGGCUGCCUUGGAAGCGCAAGGGCAACCGCCUUCGUACUACCAUUCUACGCUGCACUAUGUCGUCCUACUCAACGGUUGGCUUCACCAAGCCUGGCACAAGGGUGGUCAACAAAACACGUCGGUUGUGGUGGACUUGACGUGUGAAGACGAUGGCUCUAUGACGUUGGAAAUGCGCACGAAGUUGUUUGAUACGCAGUCGUUGAGGUUUGCAUUUCGCUUGACCCCAGUGGCGGUGGACAGUCUCGACGUGUUGAAUGCAAAGUUGAGUGACGUUCAAGCUAAGUUGAUCCAGCUCGAAAACGCGAUGGUGAGCAAAACGCAAUGCGUAGUUGUGAUGGCUCUUGUGCUCUCGGUGUCGAUGGCCACUUUGGGAGUCCGCACUCUUGCGCUGCCCCCCCACGUCUGUGCCGCCAAAUGCAAGGACGUGUGCUUGUGGCCGUAUGUUGGCUUUGCGGAUCGGAACUCCCCAUCGAACUGCAAGGUGUUUUCAUCACUAGGAUGGUGCCCUGGUGGUGUGGAGAAUUGA